AUGCCUCGUAGAAAGGCCAACGACCGCACGGGUCCAGUGAAGACCCGUAGUCGCGAAGGAUGCUCCGAGUGUCGCGCCAGUCGUGUCCGCUGUGACACCAAGAAGCCGUCCUGCACGAGAUGCCAGGAGCGAGGACUUCAGUGCUCGACUAAGGUGGUUUUGAAAUGGGAGUCGGAAUUUGCGAGUCGCGGCCAGGCUUUUGGGAGAGCUGGGGUUUGGAGCAAGUCCAAAGCCGCUGGAAGCCCAUCCACACCGUCCGCUUCCGGUCCGAAUGCUUUUUUGCUUGGCGAGCAGGAAUGGUGUUUUAUUCCUCAGGUAGAGGCGUGGAACUUUGUCAACAGCUCGACUGAUGCUUUUCGGCUGCCAUACCGGGUCACACCUACAGAGGAUGAUCAUGCUCUUGUUACUACUCGGCGGAGUCGAGUAGUUUCAUCCCCAUACGAGUCGGGAUCAGCGAUGGUACAGUUGGCCGCGCCGCUGCCCUCCCUAUCAGUUUUACCCCAGUUUUCUGGGUCAGUUCACGGACACCUGUUCGAGUACUAUGUCCAACGGAUAUGUCCCCGGACGAUUGCAAGUGCCAACACUCCAUCUCCACUUGCAUCCAUUAUCAUACCGUUCUGCUCGACCGCGUCUGAGACGGUCUCAAAGGCCAUACUGGCCCUAGGUGCAUGCGCACUAUCGCUAGACAAUCCGGAGUACUAUGCUGUUGGUCUUCGUCUCAAAUCCGAAGCCCUAAGAGGCCUCCGCCAUAGGUUGACCGCUUCUGGAUCGCUUGUCUCCACGUCGGACCCCGAGAUACUGGUAGUCAUGAUGCUGCUAUGUCUCUAUGAACUAGUUGAUCACUGCGAUCAACGCUGGAUUGUCCACCUGAAGGGUGCAAAAGAGCUAAUCCGCUUCAGGCGGCAGCAAGCUGCACUGCCAGCCCCCCAACAAGAUGACGCUCCUGAACAAGACGAAGUCACUUCGUUUGCAGAGCGAUUCUUCGCCUUCCAGGAUAUCAUGGGCCGUACUGCCUGUGGUGAACAGCCCCUAUUCGGAACCGACUAUUGGCAGCACAAUGAGCGCAGGAUCGACCACUGGAUGGGAUGCAGUCCAGAACUGGUUUCGAUACUGUCCGACAUCACCGAGCUAAGCAGGACAAGGCGACGGCUGGCUUCCAAAUCAGACAAAGAUGAGUUCUCGUCGAAUGCAGCAGCUCUGAACCGACGACUUGAAGAAUUGGUCCAGGAUGUGGAUGAAGACGAUGCAGCUCUGCAAGCCAUUGCGGAGCUGAAACGACUUGCCGCGGUACUAUACUUGCACUGCGCACUGAACAACGCAUCACCCACCACGCCCCUAGUCGUGGACUAUGUCCGGAAGAUACUGAAACUUGUCUCGGAUAUGCUCGACGCAGGAACAUAUGUAGGCCUUGCAUGGCCUGUCUUUGUUGCCGCUGUUGAACUUGACUCACUCAAUGAUGAGCUAUGGAAGGAUGACGAUGGAAAUGUCGUGUUCGGGCGGCCGUUAGUCCUACGUGCCUUGGCUGCCAUGGCUGAGUUCAACAUCCUGAGCGUCGCCCGUACCAGGGCUGUGAUUGUGAAGGUUUGGCAGGUUCGUGACAAUGUUCUGACACUGCCAUUGGGUGAUGCCUCGGAUAAUGAUUGGGAGUGCUAUGUUGCUCCCUUCAGCACAGCAAUGAGCCUGGCAUAG